AUGGAGUCUCUUUCCAGCUGCCUCUCAGUUUCUCCUCCAUUACUAAACCCUCCCAAAACCCCCAAAUCACAUCUUCUCCUCCCAAAUUACAACCCAAAAAUCAUCUCUUUCCGUGGCUCCUCUCCCACCAAUGAAACCCAAACCCUAAUUCACAAAUCCAUCAAUAUUUCCAACCCUACUGGCAUUUGCCCCAAUUAUUUCCAAAAUUAUCUCUCUUUCCUCAAACCCCACCAACUAUUUCUCAAGCCUCACUUCUCAUUUCCAUUUUUCGGACUUUUUUCCCCAUUUUCUUGCCUCGCUUCUGAAUCUGCUGUUCUUCCCGAUGAAGGAGUCUCCAACAGAAUUAGCCUGGAGUCCGUCGUGGUCGCCGUUGACAACUUUUUCAUUCGAUACCCCUUUUUCGUGGCCACGGUGACGUUCGUGUGGUUGGUUGUGAUCCCUCUGACCGAGGAGUAUAUGCAGAAGUACAAGUUUAUCUCCGCCAUUAAUGCGUUUAAGAAGCUGCAGGACGACCCGGCUUGUCAGUUGCUGGACAUAAGGGACGGUAAGAGCCUCGCCGUGUUGCGCUCGCCCAAUUUGAAAAUCCUGCGCAAGAGUGUGGCCCGGGUCGAGUUUCGGGAGGGAGACGAAGAUGGUUUUGUGAAGAGGGUAUUGAAGAUUUUUGAGGAGCCAUCUGAUACAAUUGUUUGUAUCUUGGACAAUUUUGACGGUAACUCUUUCAAAGCGGCCGAGCUAUUGGUGAAAAACGGGUUUAAAGAGGCUUAUGCAAUUCGGGGAGGGAUCCUAGGACAACAAGGAUGGCAGGAUAUACAAGAGACCCUUUUACCUCCAUCUGUACAUAUCUACCCGACAAAGAAGUCCAAGAAGCAAAAGAAACUGGAUACAAAUGGAGGGAUGACAACUCAACAGGAUGGAAAUGACGAUGCAUUUUCGAUAAAUAAAGUUCUCGAUGCUGAAAACACUGUUAAUGUUAAUGAAACUGAAAGUGAAGAUGUUACUUUGAGUAGUCCUUCUGUUGAAUCUAAUAUAGGACAAAGGCCACUGUCCCCAUACCCAAAUUACCCAGAUUUCAGGCCUCCGUCUUCUCCAACUCCAUCAAAGCCAAAAUGA